GGAAGGGAGUCGUCAGACUCAAAGACGUCGAAGGCGCGUACAGGAUCGUCCAUGCGGUAUCAUAACGAAUGCGUAUAGGCGAAAGGAGAUCAUCUUCAAUGCAUGCGACCGAGACGGACAGUCCGUGUCACAGACCACAGUGACAGAGCACACUUCUCCGUUGUCAGAGGGGUACGAGCCGUCGUGGAAUCCUCCUUCCCAGGCCAUAGUGCAAUGCACAGAGCAGCGAAUCUUGGUCAUAUUCAAUCCCUCACUCACUAUUCAUACAUUGUUUCUCGACUCCGAGCCUCGCAUGCCAGAGCUGCAACCGCAUGGCCUAACAGCGUGAACGCGUUCGAAUCACGCACCAAACCCCUUCCCCUGAGGCUGGGAGAUCCUCCCUCCUCCCCCAACCUCCUUCCUCCUCCUCUCCCCUCCUGCUUUUUCCUUCUCCCGCUCCCUCUGUCGCCCGAGAAGAUCAUGAUCCCCAAAAGACUUGCGUCUCUGUCUGUCCUUCUUGGGAGGCUCUUGAUGCUCCCUCUCCCUCUCUCUUUCGCGUUCGCGUUCCCGUUCUCGCUCCUUCUCGGGAUCCUGUUCCCCGGUAUGAGCCUCCGGUCGCGGGUAGUCGGGUUUCUCUUCCGCUUCAGGAGCACGAGGAGGGGCUGGAUGGACAGGCUUAGGCCUCGAGGACAUCGAUUGACGCCGACCGGCGACUUUGACUGCAGGGGGGUGCUGGGUCAUCGUUGAUGCCAUCGUUACUGUUGUCGCUGGUGUUUACUAGCUAGGAGCUGGUUGUUCAAGCUGGUUGAAGAGAGAGAGCCAGC